GCGGUGCAUAUUCUUCUGUGGAGGGCGAAGGGAGCAGCCAUCCGCAGGGCAGCGACAAUUGCUGGAGAUAUCUACAUCACUCAACCCCUCAUCGCGCACUCAUCCUGCAGAAAGAAACUCGUCGCGUUUCGGUCCCGGUUGGAAGUCCUCAGACCUUUUCGUCUCAAACUGCCUUUCGGGUGGAAGUUGUGCUGCCCGGAGCCACGGGGGGAGUCCUGUCCCUCCGCAGCCCCGUGAGGGUUCAUUUGCCCCCCCCUCCCCCCCUCCCCCCAGCUGAGAGCGCAGCCGUUCAUCCGCCCGGAGGAUCCACAGAGCAGGAGUUGCAUUCGGAGGAAUAUCGACCGAAUGGUGCGAAGGUGAGCUGAAGUCCCGUUGAGAGGAAACUGACAAACUCAACAUGUCUGCAGCUAGCGUCAGCCCGCUGAUCUUCACCCUCCUCCUCCUCCUCCUCUUCUCCUCGGUUUCGAGUCAACAGGCGCCCUUUAACUGUGUGAUCAAGAUGGAGCAGGAGAAAUGCAUGGAGAUGAUAGCCUCGGACGAUCCUGGGAACGAUCCAGCAUUUGGCUGUCCGUGGAUGUGGGACAACUUGACGUGUUGGCAGCCCGCCAGGAUUGGCGAGGUGGUCGAAGUCAACUGUCCCGAACUCUUCUCUCAGGUCAUGAGUGAAGAAGACUUUGAGCUGGGGAAGGUGAGUCGUAACUGCACUGAGUUUGGCUGGACUGAACCCUUCCCUUAUUACUACGAUGCCUGCCUGUAUGAGGAAGGGAACAGCAGCCAUCCGGACAUGUACUUUGUGUCAGUGAAGGCUCUGUACACCGUGGGCUACAGCACCUCUCUGGUCUCCCUCACCAUGGCCAUGGUCAUCCUGUGCAGGUUCAGGAAGCUGCACUGCACCAGGAACUUCAUCCACAUGAACCUCUUUGUGUCGUUCAUGUUGAGAGCUAUUUCCGUCUUCAUCAAAGACGGCGUGCUGUACGCCAAAGAGGACAGCGAGCACUGCUUCAUACACACCCUGGAGUGUCGAGCAGUGAUGAUAUUCUUCCACUACUGCGUCCUCUCUAACUACUUCUGGCUCUUCAUCGAGGGUCUGUACCUCUUCACUUUACUGGUGGAGACCUUCUUCCCCGAAAAGAGAUACUUCUACUGGUACAUCAUCAUUGGUUGGGGAACCCCCACAGUGUGCGUGACCAUCUGGGUGGUGCUGAGGCUGCACUUCGAUGAUAUCGGGUGUUGGGACAUGAAUGACAAUGCCGCCAUCUGGUGGGUGAUCAAGGGACCUGUGCUCGCUUCCAUAAUGAUCAACUUUGUGCUCUUCAUCGGCAUCAUUGUCAUCCUCGUCCAGAAGUUACAGUCCCCAGAUAUCGGCGGAAAUGAGUCCAGUAUUUACCUGAGGUUGGCCCGCUCCACUCUGCUGCUGAUUCCUCUGUUUGGGAUCCACUACACUGUGUUCGCCUUCUCCCCCGAGAACGUCAGCAAGAGAGAGCGUCUGGUGUUUGAGCUCGGCCUCGGAUCCUUCCAGGGCUUCGUCGUGGCCGUCCUCUACUGCUUCCUGAAUGGAGAGGUGCAAUCGGAGAUCAAGAGGAAAUGGCGCAGCUGGACGGUGAACAGGUACUUUGCUGUGGACCUGAAGCACCGGCAUCCUUCGCUGGCGAGCAGUGGGGUGAACGGGGGCACGCAGCUGUCCAUCCUCAGCAAGAGCAGCUCGCAGAUCCGCAUGUCCAGCCUGCAGGCCGAGACCCCGGCCACCUGAGCGGCGCCGGCGGGGUCUCCGGACCUGACGCCGCCAGACCUGCCACGCCCACCGUCAUACCGAUGACCGGCCUCAACGACUCGUUCCUCAACCCGUACCCCAACCCGUACCCGGACGAAACCAUGAUGGAAACCCAACUCGACUCCAGUGACCCAGAACAGCCUCCAGUCUGACCCGUCCCACCUGCGAAACAUGACCGGACCUGAAAGUCAGGCGCCAAAUGAUGAGUCUCGUCAUGUCCCGACCUUUGACCUAUAGUUCAGGGGUGAAACACAAACUUGAUCCAGCUGUUCCUGAGCAGCCGCUCAGCUUCAAAGGGCAUGAGUAGGAAGUCGAGUGUAUAUCUAGUGUCUUGUCGGGCUGUAACAUGCAGAAGAAGCGUGGUUAUCUCUCUGUAUAUACUGUAUACUAUAUAUAUAUAUAUAUAUAUAUACUGUGUGUCUGGUGCCGCAGUUAUUUGCUGCUCCAUAGCACAGGGGACCAGCUAACUACUGCAGCCCUCUCACGGUGAUCAUUCCCGUCGAAAAAAAGUGUCAAAAUGUAACUACACACUGUAUUCCUCUUUCGAUACAGACGUGGAACGCAGAGGCUGAGUUUCAGACAGACAACACUGGGCGAUGUAAAUACCUUCAAUGGGCACGCCGACUGAUUUUGCAAAUGGAGAUCAGUUUGCUUGUCCCGUUGAGUACUGAUCAGGCUGUGAUGCGAUGUCACAGUGAUGUCAUCCGGGUUAUUUCUGCUUGGGCUUGGAAACCACACAUUUGAAACUGAAAAAUCGGUGUUACAAACUGAGGGCCUUGCGUUUGAAAGACGUGGGUGUUUACCAGGCAAGCAGGGUCUAUUGAAAAGGUAGUUUGCUGCAUUAUGGGAAAUGUAGUGUCCAGUGUUGUUGGAACUCGCCCCAAAACCCUGGACUAAUAUCUCGGCCUCUGCUGCUUUGAAUCCGAUCGCCCUGAUGUACAGUAAAUACCUUAGACGAGCAGUUUUGUUAAAUACGUUGAAGACAAUUUAAAGAACGAUAGUUCACACUUACAUCAGUGUUGAAACUGUAACCUUUCACCAUCAAACCACUGUCGAGGAGAAAUCUUGAGAUCUAACAGGUGGAACUUGGAAAGCAGUAUUCAUGAGAAAGGACAUAUUUUCUACAUUUAUGUAAAAAUGCCAAAAACAAGACAGAGAAAAGAAGAAAUAAAACCCUACCAGGGUUAGAUGACGACUCAAGAGGGUGUGCACAGCGAUGCAGACCACAAACAGAAACCUCUCUUUUCAAUCUCAGCACUGGGAAGUAGCCGUUAAUACAAAAAAUGUCAAUGAGAAUGAACUCGCCGUGAGUUCUAUUGCGCUGCAUGAAUUUGCAUUUAUUGCCCAUGUGGUUUUGUUUCCUUCUUUGGUGAGAAUUUCAGUGUUUACUUGCGUGUUUAUUUCCUUUUUUUCUUCAACUGUCAGUGUCUCUGGGGCCGCGGCCGCACGCUGUCGUACUGUCGUCCUGCGGGACGUUUCCAACGUCGCACUGGUCAAAGUUAAGGUGCAGACCGCGGGAAAUAAAAUGAGGACUCAGACCAAUCUCUCCGACCGCCAUCGCAGUGUCUCUUCUGCAGUUCUUGUCUUUGGUGGCAUUUGCUCUCUUGUUGCUUGAAAACAAGCACAUCGAGAUAAACGUUAUACUUUUGGAGUGGGACUUUUACCAAGUAAUCUGAAUCCUGCCUGAUUUAUUUAUUUUUUUGCACGGCCGUGCUGAUGUCACUGCAGAUGUUUCUUUUGGUCUGACUCCUCUGAAUCCCGAUGUUCAACUCUACUUUGUGUCUCCAAAAGUGCCUUUUAAGCACAAAACAAGUUUGACUUCUGUUGAUGAUUU